AUCUUGUAAUCGGUGGGCUUUUGGUCGGAGGUGGUUUUGUGAUCGUUGGCAAUUUUUUGGUCGGAGGAGGUUUUGUGAUCGUUGUUAUUUUUUUGGUCGGAGGUGGUUUUGUGAUCGGUGGGCUUUUGGUCGGAGGAGGUUUUGUGAUCGUUGGUGGUUUUUUGGUCGGAGGAGGUCUUUUAAUCGGUGGGGUUUUGGUUGGAGGUGGUUUUGUGAUCGUUGGUAAUUUUUUGGUUGGAGGUGGUUUUGUGAUCGUUGGUAUUUUUUUGGUCGGAGGAGGUUUUGUGAUCGUUGGUAAUUUUUUGGUCGGAGGUGGUUUGGUGAUCGUUGGUGUUUUUUUGGUCAGAGGAAGUCUUGUAAUCGGUGGGCUUUUGGUCGGAGGAGGUUUUGUGAUCGUUGGUAAUUUUUUGGUCGGAGGUGGUUUUGUGAUCGUUGGUAAUUUUUUGGUCGGAGGAGGUUUUGUGAUCGUUGUUAUUUUUUUGGUCGGAGGUGGUUUUGUGAUCGGUGGGCUUUUG